UGCACACCAAGUGGUAUUCAUAUCUAUUGGAUACAUUGUUUCAUUCCCUGCUUCAUCUAUACAGCACUCUGCUCGUCCUUUUUGGUGGCCAUCCACUUACAGGCCUAAUAAAACCACGAGAUAUUCAAUAUCCCGUCCAGCUAUUUCACUCUUUUGGUAUACGCACCUUUGGAUAUAACCAAAACUACAAAAUGAACGCACCAGACCGAUACGAGUCGUUCGUUCUUGCGAAUGGCGAGAACAAAGUUGAGAUGGAGAUCGAUACUCGCAUCCCUUCUUCUGCGAUAUUCACCUUCAACAAGGAAGAUCACACAUUGGGGAAUUUGAUCCGCUCUCGCCUCUUGCAAAGCUCCCAUGUUCUCUUCGCUGCGUACAAGGUUCCCCAUCCGCUUGUUCCCAAUUUCCAGCUUCGAGUUCAGACCGAUGGCGAUGUCUCCCCCAAGGAUGCGGUAAUCGCAGCCUGCCAUGAGCUCGUUCGGGACCUGGGUAUUCUCUCCCGGGAAUUUACCAAGGAAUAUGAGCUCCGUAAGAUGGUAGGGGCUACCGCUCAGCAGCAGAAUGGCGUCCAGGAUGGUGUUUAGCCAUCGACAGGUGGAGAUAGAACAUGAAGAGCUGGGUCAGCGGUCACUUACAUGCUUUCGCUUCGGAUAUACGCAGCUGGUCAUGCGUGCUUUGUUUCUUGGUCAUACCCUUUAUUCUAUGUUUGUUCUCUUUGCUUCCAGUGAUUAGUCGGACCAAGCCUUUCGCUCCAACCUGCCUCGGGACAAAAUGUCAAUUGCUGCCGUAGCCGUUAAUCAUUCAA